AUGGCACACGGAGCCGAGGACUGCGCGACUGUUCUAGAACAGUUUGUUCACGAUGUCGCCAAUCUUCCAGCUGAGAUUAACCAUUUGAUGGAGGAGAUCCAAGCCAAGGACAAAGUCAUGCAAGAGUGUCGGGCGACCAUCAACUCCCGCGACAGCAGCAUCCAGAAGUUCAUCAAACUGAACGGCAGCCUCACGCCGAAUCCCAAAGAAGAGCCAUAUGGCAAGACCAUCCUUCAGAAUAUGGACAAAUCGCAUGAAUUACAGAAUGAAAAGAUCCAAUUGAGCGAGAAGGCCUGCGUCCUUCUUGAUCGACAAAUCAAGCGCCUUGACGUGCGCAUUCGAGAUCUAGUCAACGAAGGCCUUCUUACAAACGACCCUCCUCUGCCAUCAUUAUUCGACUCCAAAAACAAAUACCGCAACCCGCCAAAGGUCUUCUUCCCCGACUCAACGCCCUCCGAUUCACCCGCCUACUCCACACCCAUGACCGCCAACUCCGGAAGCACGAAUCCCAUCCUGGUUGCAGCGCAACGCCUUAAUCAAUCCACAACACCACGCCCACCCGGCUCCACUGCACAGAUUGCUCAGUCCACAGCGCGAAGCUCUGCUCCCGCAACACCCGCUGCGGCUGUCGUACACCUGCAACAAAGACAACGCGAAUCGUCCGCCGGAGCGGUGGAUUCUAAACGCCGUCGCUUAAACCCUGCUCUCGGUACUCUUCCAGCCGCUUCGUCGAAUUUGCGCCAAUCGUCCCUUGGUCCUGGGACACCUAAACCUGGUACACCGGCUGGAAGCCGUGCUGGAAGUGCAGGGCCCCGCACCAGCAUCGGUAUAAAGAAAGCACUUACUAAAAAGGUGGCGCCGCAUCAGCAAGUUAAGAAACUCAAGUCUGCGAACGGAAAGCCACUCAAGCGCUCUUCCAGUAGUGGGCGGAUCAAGGCAUCAAAGAAGUCGCCCAAUGGCGAGGGAGAUGAAGACGAUGACUCCAUGCUCAGUAGUGCCGAUACCUCAGAUUCGGAUAAGAGUGACGGUGCGGCAGAUGACGAUGUCGAUGACGACGAGGAGGAUGAGGGAAAUGAGGACUCGAAGGUCUAUUGUACCUGUCGCACGGUCAGCCAUGGGGACAUGGUGGCUUGCGAUAACGACGAGUGUCCUUAUGAGUGGUUCCACUGGAAGUGCGUUGGCCUAACCCGAGAACCGGUGGGGACAUGGUACUGUGACGAGUGCCGACGCACUCUUGGAAAAUAG